AAUGACCACUUUAAGAGUUCCUAAUGACUCAAAUGAACUUAAGAAGAAAAUAUCACAAUUGGAAGUCAUUUCUGGGAUGUGGGGGACAGUCAAUGUCAAGAUUCUUCAUCUGAAAAACAUUUAAGGGCUUUCUGGUUCUUUAUAGGCUGUUUGCUCAACCAUGAUGUUCUCCAGGAUUAUUAAGUCUUCAGUGUUUAACGAGCUUGAGGCAUCAAAGCCGCCUCAAGGAUCCCAAUAAUUCCUAUUUGCUUCUUCUCAACAAAUGGUAGAAGUCAAAAGUAAUAACGGAUAGGUUCUCACUUCGCUGUAUGUCAGGGAAAUACUACAGGAACUAAUAUGAGCUACACUGGAAUGACUGACAGUCACAAGGCAGUGUGACUGAAAACCAGUGAGUCAGUUGAGAACACAAGCACAGGAUCCUCAGUCAGUCCUUUGUUCAGCCUCGAAAACAGCAUGGAUGCCUGGUCAUUCUGCACAAUGGUCAAUCUACUGCUUUGUUUCGUGGAAGGCCUGAGUGCGGCUCCUAGCGACGAGGGCUGGUCCAUGAAGGUCCAAGCGGAGGUGCGCGCCAUGGAGGGCUACCCAGUGGUGCUGCCCUGCUCCUUCAGCCACCCCCACCACACACUCCAUUCCUCCCUGAAGGUGGUGUGGCGGCUCGGCCACGGCCAUGGCUCCACGGUGCUGUACCACUGCUCUUCCCCCACCGGGACCAGGGUCUGCCAGCCGGACCCCGAACAGGACCAGCGCUACCGCUUGGAGGGGAACCCCAGGGAGCACGACCUUUCCCUGCGCAUCAGCAGCGUCGGCCUGCAGGACAACGGUCGCUACUUUUGCCGCGUGGAAGCGCCGGGCCACCAACAUGCCAGCUACGAGGAUAAGAUGGGCACCCGGCUCAGAGUGGAGGCUGCCCCGCGGAUCCUGGGCCUGUCGGUGACGGGAAGCGAGGUCACUGGCUACAGGGCUCAGUGUCGCGUCCAGGGCUCCCCCCUGCCCGACAUCCAGUGGCUGGACCACAACAAGCUCCUGGACGGUUCCAACGUCUCUUGGCUCAUGCAGGUGUCCCCGGGUCAACAUCAGCACACCAGCCAGCUCCUGGAGGUACUCCCCGGGCAGCAGUACACCUGCACCGCCUCCAACCCUUUGGGUAAGGACCAGGCCACCCUGUACAUGUUGCCCCCCAGGCAGGUGUAUGUCUCAGGGGAUGGACCCCCUCUGCUGCUCCUGGUCUCCCUCUCCCUGGGGGCCAAGGUGCUGCUGCUGCUGCUGGCGGUGGGGGCUUGGCAGCUGCAGGGGGGCGGCCUGGCGUGGACCAGAUCCUGGUUCAAGUGACCCACUGUUCAAAUGCACAUGUGAGCUUGUACAUGCCAAACAGGUCUCUGUUCUUUUCCCUCAUCAUGUACCAAGAGCAUAUUCGUUUUUUCACAAAAGACGAGAAUCGAUAGACUGUAAAUCAUUUGUUUAUUGUAUGUGAAUUUAAGGGGUUGCUUGAAAUGUUGUAAUCAUUGAAUUAUUUGUCACAAAAUAUGGGAUAUACAAAAAGUGCUGUUCAUUUAAAGAUGUUUUU